GAUCGGCGUAAUAUUGAAGAAGCGAAGCCGCAGCCGGAACAAAAGUAAAGCGAAGUGUGUCAGCCGGAGUCGGAGCGGCCACCGAAAAGGGAGCAACGGCAGCUCGAGCUCCAGUCGAAGGAGCCGAAGUCGAAGUAGAAGCCAAAAAAAGAAAAGCAUCUUCAGCCGCCGACCUCCAUCCGUGCCUGCCAAAAAGGAUGUUGAGCCGAGGAAAUCAGUAGCGGAUGUACCAAAGAUGUGUUCGACCAGAAGUUCGAAGGAUGAAUCGUCGACCACUGCACCAGGAAGUAAAACCGCUGCGACCGCACUUCCAGCGACGAGCCGAU